AUAGGCUGCUACUUCCAGCUUCCUUAGUUGUCUGGAACGAUGGUCAUAUAUAAGGAAUAAUUCAAAAAGGGGUGUGCCAUUAUUGGAAAAUAAUGAACAUUAAUAUUUUCAAAUAUUUCUAAUAACUAAGUCACCCUAGGCUGGUUUAUUCCCCUUAUAUCACAGUUACCAGCAGUGAUUAGAUAUGAGUUACUUUGCUUUGUUUUCUUUGUGUUAUAGCUAUUUAAGUCCAAUAAUUCUUUCAAUAUCAUUUAAAAACUCUUCUGCACAACACAGUCUGAGAUAAAUGCACAGUAUACAUUCUGUAACACUGCUUAUUGAUUUAUUAUAUCUAUUUAAUUUGAUUUAUUUUAAAUUAUUCACUUCGAUUAUGGUAUUCUUUUAAAAGAUCACUCUCUUGCUUUUUAAUCAUUCUAACUUAUUUUUGGUUAAAUCCUCCAAGCACUAUCAUGAGACCACAGCAUCGGAUAUAUUUCUUAUGUUGGAUCUCCCGCCAUGUGACAGGAAGGGUCAUGAUCAGAAUAGCAGGCCUCACUCCACCAACCACCGCUAAUUGAGGCUGAUUCUCACUGAAACACCUUGUUAAUAGAGUGGAAGAUCUCAGCACAAGGUCUUGCACUUUGUUACUUCAUCAAAGAAUGGCCCAUUAGUUAUUUUCUCUCUUCCCCCUGCUUUUCUGUGUUCAGGGCAAAGGGGAUGUUUUACAAGGGCUGGCUGUGACGUGAUUUGGGCUUUUAAACUGGCCUAACAGUUGACUUCAUGUCCAAGACUGCAUAUUGAGGCUAUUUAUGCUCUGCUCUGACCUUCGCAUAAGUAAAGAAAAACAGUAUGCUGCCUCAUAAAUUUAGAGGUAACAGAACCAGUAUAUUAGCUGGACAUUGUAUAUAUUAUAUAUGUGUCCAUCAGAGACAACAUCCAGUGGAACAAUCUUAUUUUUGUUUCUCUUUUUCUAUAAUCCAAGGGAUUGAGUCGAUUUUAGUUUGUGUCUGCCCUAAUUUGGAUAUCUCUCGUGGUGAGCAAAAUUCAGGAGACAACAUCACAGGCCUAUACAGGAAGACCAGGAAUAUCCCGUCACUAUUUGUCAAAACUGCUUCUUUCGGCCCGUUGAUUUGUAACGGUUUGUUGUGAUGUUUUUGUUUGGUUUCCAUCCAUGAGAGGUUAAUCCACCUUGCAUUCAUGGGGGGCAUCACCACUGUAUGUAUAUAUGUAUGUGGCUAUGAACAACGACAUGCUCGGUAUACCGUACCCCCGUUCCUGGAGGGACGCAGCCACCUCCUGGGGCCCAGCCCCUCGACAGAGCACGAGGUCUGGCCCCAAGCAGCCGCGCGCCUUGUCCUCUGUCCAAUCAGCCAUCCGUCAUCCACCCGCCCAUCACCUCAUUCAUUCAACAGCUCGUUCCACGCAGUGCUCUCACAGGCUCCCGUACAGCGUAGCAUAAUAGCUGCUUUUUGAAUGGAAAACGUCAAUUCAUCCAUUUUUCUUUCUUUUUUUUCUGAACACCCCAUGUGAUUUGACAUCCUGUAGAGACAGCAAGGCUCCAGGGCCCAGUAAUGAGGACUGCUAUCCAAUGCAUGCGGGCCUAAUUGAUAGCAGGAGUGAGCAACAGCAGACCCUGAGAGCAUGGAUUACUGUCUCUAGGUUACCAAGAGGAUCGCUUUUAUUUUCAGAUAUUAACAUCGGUGAAAGGGAAAACAAUUCUCUCUGAAGACUCUUUAUAAUUACGCAUUGUUUUCUUAUUUUACGAACUAUUGUUAUCAUUAGUGAAGGCCGCAGGUUACUAAGCAGUAAUGUGACGACCACAAUCAAGCCUGGUUAGGAUUUACACAACAGGUAGGGGCGGCAGGCGUGCGUGCGUCACAUGGUCAGCCCCCAUGUCCACGCCAUGCUGCAGCCCCUCAGCCAUCCCCACUCCAUCCACCCAGUCCAUCCAUCUCGAGCCCAGCAAGGAUAGCGCUCCACACCGGCCCCCGGGCUGUUCCAGUCCACAGCUAUGGUAAGCGUAGCCCCUGGUAUACACGUGGAGCGUAGGUGGAUGGAUGGAGAGAGAGAGGCCAAUGCGAACGGACACUCGGAAACGUUCUGAGAUAACCACCAAAUUGACGACAAAAGAUGGAGGCAAAGGUAUUUUUUAAGGCCCCGGUUGAAAGAGCAAGAGACGGAAGGUCUGUGACAACACUGCGGUAAAAAACAACUUUCAAAAAUACAUUUUGGGGCCACAUUUUACGUGAAGUUCAUUGCUACGAUACUGAGCAGUUAUGGAUUUUUCUCAUCAGCAUCAUGCUUUGAUUGAGAGUGGAUAAAAACAAAGUGCAUAUAGCAUAAUUGUAACUGAUUUAAAUCCUUGAUGGCUAUGUAUGGUUGCCAUGCAACAGUGCAGUUACGUUCAUGUAAAAUGUGACUUACUUUUAUGAGUGAAAGGAUAUUUAAAAAAAAAAAAAAAAAGAUACCUGGACAUGUGCUCAACAUACUCUGCAAGCUUCUUAACCCGGUCAAAUUUAUACCAUUUAGAAAAAGAUAUUCAUAUUUGUACAUUGGCUUUCAGUAAUGACCAAAAAUGACCCUAUAAUACAUUGAGAGAAAACAAGUCAUUGUGUUUAAUUGUCGGUGUCUCAUCAAUGUCUGGAUCCACCUACACACACUGCAGCGUCUUGACAGAAACAGAAUGCUUAAAGAGACACGACACACUAAAUCGCUUUUGGCAGUUUGCUGCCAUCUUGAGGUGACAAAUGGUAGGCUGCUCUAGGUAUGCUCUGAUUUGCACCUACAUGGAAAAAACCUUCACUUUACUUUACAUCGAAAUCCACCUGGUGUGAUUUUACUUUUAGAUGGCUGCAAUCUAAAAUAAAAUGGUGUAGUGUGUCGUUACUCUUUUUUAAAUUCACUCUCAUUUUAUAUGUGCUGUUUACCAACACAGUGAAGAAUGCUGUCUGGCCAAGUCAAUGCUUGAUCUGUGAAUGUCUGUCUCCGUCUCUCUUCUAAGUCUCGUCAAUGCUUUCUAGCAAUAGCAUUUUAAUAGUAAUCAUGAAAUUAUAUCAUAGCUAUUGUAUGCUUACAUGUUAAUACGAAGUGUGUUUUAUCUAUAAGCUAUAAUCCUUUGAGCAUUAUGAAUUAUCCAGAUAAUUGUGAUACUAUGCUUUAAAUAAGUAGCCAACAUUUCAUGCAAAUGUCAGAAUUGGAAAACAUUGAACCUACAACCCAUAGAUUUGAGCUUUUAAAUGUCCAGAGUGCUACGUUCUGUUUGUCUCUUGGUCUGUCUUUUUGUAUGCUUAUUGUAGCCUACUGAAUGUUCAGCCCCCGAGUGCCACCGUGUUGCCUGGUCUGAGAGUUGGAUAAUGCAUGGGGCUGGUGGAGUACUGCUGGCCUGCCUGUUGUAGAUUCACCUCACCCUAGCCUCUUUUGACCAGUAGGGAUUAGUUUUGCUAACGCCCUGUAACGGUCACAUUGAAUAGAGGUUAUGUUAACUUUCUGGGUUAAUCUUACUUCGUUGUUUUUUUUUGCCUUUCGCUGUUAUUACAAUCCUAAUUUCUAUAAACUGCUUGAGCAGUAAACAUGGAAGAAUAGCAUUUCCAACGAUCAAUUAAAGAAUGGAUACAGAUACUUGGUCAGCCAGUCACGUUUUGUGUGUAGUGUUGCCUAUGAAUGUUGUCCGCUUAUUUGUCAUGGACAUUAGGAGACAUUGUGAGAACAGGAACACAGUUAAGGCUGGACAUUGAUAUAAGAUGAUAGUAAUCAGCCAUGAAGUAUAACUGUAAUAUAUGGGUCUAGAAUUUGACCCCACUCCCCUGUGGAGCUCCUCUUCAUAACAAUAUACUUCUCAGUCAUUUCAUAGAAGUGUGAAUGAAACAAUAGGCGUUGUACCGUAUGUUAACGGUAGGUAUACAGAGAGACAGUCCUCACGUUGUGUGUGUUAAUGAUGUGUUUCGCACUGUAUUGCUUCCCUAACUGCUGUCGCUUGCCUCUUCCAGGGAUCCAGUUUCGCCUCCCCUCCUCCUGCAGCGUGGACAGGGCUCAGCCCCCUCCAGCUGUGUCCUUCCCCUCAGGCCACACUAAGAAGACCCCGCCUCCCGUGCCUCCCCGCGUCACCCCCGCCACCCCCACCUCCACCACCCCCACCACCACCACCACCAAGCCUCUUAUCUCUGUGACAGCCCAGAGCAGCACAGAGUCCACGCAGGACGCCUACCUGGAGGGCCGCCCCCCGCGGGCCAGCGGGGCGGGGCUGUGGACCACCGACAGCCUGGGCCGCGCCAUCUACAACUCCACCGACAGCCUGGACAGCGGCAAGGCGGCCACCAUGGCCAUGGAGGCGGCGUCGGCCGCCGGCAUGGGCGGCAAGCGGCACGCCUCGCUGGGCGGCAGCCACACCUCGGUGCAGACCUGUGACAAGGCCGUGCUGGUGUCCAAGGCCGAGGAGUACCUCAAGACGCCGCGCUCCUCCAUCGGCAUCCAGGUGGAGUCUGCCACGGACUCCGAGUGUGAGAGCAAAGGUCUUCCCCAGUUCCAUUCCAUAGGCAUCCAGGUGGAAGAUAACAAACGGCACGGGCGCUUCAAGCGCUCCAACAGUGUGACGGCGGCGGUGCAGGCCGACAUGGAGCUGGAGGGCUUCCCCUCCAUGGAGGACAAGGGCCUGCAGUUCGGGGGGAUGGGCGCCGGCGGCUUCGGCCGCCACUCGGAGCCCAGCACGCCCACCCAGUACGGGGCGGUGCGCACGGUGCGCACCCAGGGGCUGUUCAGCUACCGCGAGGACUACCGGCCCUCCAGCAGCGGGCCCCCCAGCCCCCAGCCCGACCCCUGGCUGUCGGAGCCCAGCCUGGAGGGGGCCGACGCGGGGGGCCACGGCUCCCCGAGGGCCCGGGACGGGGGCUGGUUCAUGCAGCUGCUGCACGCCGAGAGCAAGCGGAUGGAGGGCUGGUGCAAGGAGAUGGAGCGCGAGGCGGAGGAGCACGACCUGUCCGAGGAGAGUGAGUGUCCGAAGGUCCUGGGUAGGAUCCGGAGUGCGGUGGGCAGUGCUCAGCUGCUGAUGUCCCAGAAGUUCCAACAGUUCUACUGGCUCUGUCAGCAGAACAUGGACCCCGGUGCCAUGCCCAGACCCACCUCUCAGGACCUGGCUGGAUUCUGGGACCUCCUGCAGCUCUCCAUCGACGACGUCACUGCCAAGUUUGAUGAGCUGCAGCAGAUCAAGAGUAACCAGUGGCAGCCGGUGGAGAGCCCCGAGAAGAAGGAGCGCAAGUGGCCGCCGCCGUCGUUGCCGAAGAGGCCGGCGAAGGGGCGCGGCGGCGUGACGCGCGAGCGCUCCCUGGACCUCCAGGACCGCCAGCGGCAGGAGGCCCGGCGGCGGCUGCUGGCCGCCAAGCGGGCCGCCUCCUUCAGGCAGAACUCGGCCACGGAGCGGGCGGACAGCAUCGAGAUCUACAUCCCCGAGGCCCAGACCCGCCUCUGAGGGCUGUGUGCCCAGGAGCCGCCUCCCUCGUCCCCGCGACCCUCCCUCCGCGACCCCUCCAUCCUGUCCAUCCCGUUGGCCGCUUUUUGUUUUUUUGGGGACCGUGUUGAGAGCAAGGAGAUACAGCAGCAGGUGAUUUAUCGAUUGAUUGAUUCAUUUAUUGAUUUAUUGAUUGAUUUAACUGUUUUGCCCAGAGAGGAUUAGCUCUUAGCUGUACCCUGAGAACCAACUUUUUAACGGAUGUCAAAAUUUCGGCGAACUCAUUGAUGAAGGGAGUGGGGUUUCUUUUUUUUUGGGCGGGGGGGGGGGGGGGGG